CCAGUAACCGAAAACAGUAACGAAACGUACUUGAAAGAAUUUAUACGUAGGAAAAGAUAAACCGAGUCGAAACCCGACCAGCAAGAAUCUAUUUAUUCUUUAGGUGGGUUCAUUAGUGAGUUAAAAGGAAAUAUAUACUGAUUAAGCAAUGAAUUGAAUGCAUGAGUAUAGUAAGUGAAAAUAAGAAAAUUUGUGGAAAAACGUCAAGAUAUUUCUGAGUGAAAGUUGUGUUGUUUUAUGUUGGAACAUUUUUCUAUUUCACUUUUAUACGGAUAUUGGCGUAUUAUGAUCAUAUUUAGUACCGCAUACAACCGAGCAGCUAUUGAGUCAUCGGCAUAUUUAAAAAACACAUUAUAUUUACAUGACCCGUCAUCAAUCACGACCAAAAUAUUUGCCAACUAAUUAUUAAAGAAAUUGUUUUUCGAAAUAGCAUCCACUGAGUUCAUAAUUUCCGCGUGACUCUUUUCAAAUAUUUUAUAGUCGGUCGAACUGUGUUGAGGCACACGGUGUAUUGUGUUGAAAACUUGAACGAUUUUCGCGAGAAAAAAAAGUUUUUUAAAACGAAAUAAACGUAAUCGGUGGUGUGCUGGCUAACAAGUUGGCGUAGUAGACAUCAUUCAAAUCAUAAUAACACUUAGUUAGUUCACAUGCUGAACUACCUAUCUACAUGUUGAAUUACCGACUUGUAUCAACACAUUUUCUUAAACAGCCAUAGUUUGUUGACAACUUCUAAAAUGUGCAGAGAUCGCGAUAUGUUCUUUGGAUAAAUGAAUUUUUUAUUAAGUGCUUGUUAAAAACAGUAAAACUACAAAACAAAAAAUUAUAAAAUAUUAGUUAAGUAUACGUCUAAUGUUUAAAUUGUUUAUAUCGUCGUUAAUGUCAUUUGGAUGUGUAGUGUUCAACAACCACCAUUCAGUCGAGUAAUGUGCGCGCUCGGACACUGAUUCAUAGGAAAGUGAAUGUUAUAUACGUCAAUAUCAGUUCUCGACGGAAAACUCGUCGGCUCAGACGAUUGCCAAAAGCGGUGUGGAUUUGAACUUUUGCAGUUUUUUGUGAAUUGAUUGUAAAUUUUUCAUUUUUUUAUUAUUACUUUGUUCGUUGUCCAUUACGGACAUUUUUUGAAAAAAUUUCAUCGGCACCAAUAAGUUGGCAAACAUACAAGUCAUUGCGAGGAACGCUUGGAAGUCAGUGAAGGCCUUCCUGUGCGGCAUGCGACAUCCGUCAUCUGCUAAGAAAGAAGGCGACCUGAGUCGUCUCACAACAUCUUCUUCAUCUUCAACAAAUGACCAAAACAGUAUCUACUUACCGGAAUCGGAAAUAAUAUCACAUCGAUUUUCUUCCACAUACUUGCCCGAAGUAAUUGAUCCGUUGGAAUGGCAAAUAUCACGAAAGCGCAAAGAACGUCAAGACAGUACAUCGUCCAUAACGCAAGACCGAAAAUUGAUAAGAUCAAACAGUGAGGAAUAUAUUCCAAAUGUUGACUAUGAAGUUAUUCGUCGAGUGUGCUCCCAUGAAGAAUUCAAGCAUGUCCUACAAGACCGAACGAAUGAAAAUGUCGACCAUCAUGAGUGUCGCGAACGCAAGGCAUCAAACAAUGAAGUUCAAGAAAUUUUAAGGGAAACCCACAAACGAGCUGAAACAAGUCCAGCACGGUCCAGAACUUUCGAUUUUUCACACAAGCACCGCAUAUCACCGUUGAGAGAUAGUCGUCACGGCUAUAAGAAUAACGACGAAGUCGACGGCGAGAAUGAACGGAGAAGAAAUAGCGAACGUUUCUGCAAAGCUCGAGCUCCCCCUGGCAGACGGUCUCAAUCAUCAAAAAAGACGAACAAGUAUCUGGCAUCUAAACUUCGCGAACGAGACGAAAAUGUUUACAAAUAUGACAAAGCGGUAUCUAAAGGCGAGAGACGCGGUUUUGUGAGCAUUUCCAGGCACAGUGACGAAAAGUUAUCGAAAAAUGAUCUUGUUGAUGAAACGACAGCCCUACUCGAACAGAACGAAACUACGCAUCCAAACAACACUCCCAAAAACAAAUCCGCAAACGAAUCACUGCCAUGGGAGAUUUCAUCACUCGAUGAAACGCCGGUUGUUUGUCCUAGAUUUUCGGGAAACACAUUCGAUCACGUGAAUCAAUCGAUAGACAGUUCGGUCAGAAGUGUAAGUGCUGCAUCCAACAAUGGACUGAAAACGUUGGGAAAUUUCACUAAGGUGGAAAAUCUGAAAACUCGUGAGUUGAUGCAAAGCAUUCCGUCGGUGAAUCUGCUGCAGCCUCCGGACGAAAAACUGAAGCAAAUAAAUAAACGACUGAUUGCGCUGAAGAAACGAGUCGAAAAUUUUGAAGAAAUUUUCCAGCGGGAACAUGGUUACAAACCGUCACACGCUGAAAAGAUGAACGAUAGAUACAUGAAAAAUGCAGUCGCUGAAAUUCAUAAACUGCGCAAGGAGAAGCAACAAAUUAAAUCGAAUUCGGUUUCAGGAAGUGGACUGAAAGUAGCACAAAGUAAUACUGGCAAGAAAACCGAUAAACUCAAAGAUGUGCUUGCGGAAAUUGAAAAGCGCCUUCAAGUGAAACGCGACGAGGAAAAUCGGCCUGUGCUCAUCGACGACCUAUCACCGGAACAAUUAAUUCAAGAAAAGACAGCCAUUCAACGUGGACUCCUUUAUAUCGAAUCGCUGUUCGGUCGGCCUAAUACUCGUGAGGAACGGGAUGCAGUCCGUAGUCUGUACGAUCGAUAUCGCAUCAUCAAACGAACGAUAAAUCGCAGCGCAACAGUGUCCCUAUCCGGCACAGGAGUUUCCGAUCUUCCAACCAUAUUAGAGCAUGAAGCUAUGCAAUUUCCGGUUGUUGUCGCGGCGGCACCACUCGUUCAAUUAGAAUCGCCCACCGACACAUCAGUGUCGCUGCAAUCGAACGAAUCGGCAACAGACACAUCAACGACCACAACUGGUUCGGUGCAUGAAAAUGUGCAUACGUUGUCGGUGGAUGAAUUGUGGAAGCAAUUGGAAUUGGCACGUCGUGAAAAGAAGCAAUUGCGACGGACGAUUAAAGAAUUCGAAGAUGUUUUCGAGGAACAGAACGGCCGUAAAAUGCUUAAAUCUGAUCGCACUAUGAUGGAAGAAACGUACGGACUUUAUAAACAGAAGAAAGCUAAGCUUCGGCUGUUGGAUGCGUUGGUUAAGAAACAUAUGGCCAAGUAGUGAUUUUGUCGUCUCGGUCUAUCUAUCGAUUUGUCUGAAUCU